GAGACCCCGUCGCGACCGAAAGCAACCGGUUUCCGGGCUCUUUUCCUCCUCAAGAGGCGAAAGCAGCUCCGCUCAGCCAUGGUGAUGUUCAAGAAGGUGAAGACCUUCGUGAUGACCUUCAGUGAGCCGGAGAAGAUCUACUGCAGCGGGGAGAAGGUGGUGGGACGGAUACUGGUGGAGGUGGCCGAGGUCACUCGCGUCAACGCCGUCAAGGUGCUGGCCUGCGGGGUGGCCAAAGUGAACUGGACCAAAGGGCCCCAGCAGUGCAGGCAGGAGAUGGAGUACUUGCGCUUCGAGGAUGUCCUGAGCCUGGAGGAGCAGCCCACUGAUGGGGAUGGCUCCGUGAUCCUGAGACCUGGCAACAAAUAUGAGUACAAGUUUGGAUUCGAGCUUCCCCAGGGUCCCCUGGGCACCACCUUCAAGGGGAAGUAUGGCUGUGUGGAUUACUGGGUCAAGGCUUUCCUGGAGCGCCCAUCCUAUCCCACUCAAGAGAUCAAGAAGCGCUUCGAAGUGAUGGACCCAGUCGAUGUGAACACCCCAGAGCUUCUGUCUCCAGUUGCUGCCAAGAAGGAGAAGAAGGUGUCGUGCAUGUUCAUCCCCGAUGGGCGUGUGUCUGUCAGUGCUCAGAUCGACAGGAAGGGGUUUUGUGACGGCGAUGACAUCUGCAUCAACGCCGACUUCGAGAACACAUGCUCGCGCAUCGUGGUGCCCAAGGCAGCCAUCAUAGCCAAGCACACCUACCUGGCCAACGGACAGACCAAGGUCUUCACCCAGAAGCUCUCCUGUGUCCGGGGCAACCACAUCAUCUCAGGCAUGUCCGAGUCCUGGCGAGGCAAAACUAUCAGAGUGAAAAAGCUCAAACCUUCCAUAUUGGGCUGCAACAUCCUGCGUGUGGAGUACUUCCUGCAGAUCUACGUAAGCGUCCCGGGCUCCAAGAAGAUCAUCCUGGAGCUGCCCCUGGUCAUCGGCAGCCGCUCGGGCAUUGGCAGCCGCAGCUCCAGCAUGGCCAGUCAGGCCAGCUCCGAGAUGAGCUGGGUGAACCUGAACCUUCCCGAUGCUCCUGAAGCACCUCCGUGCUACCUGGACAUUGUCCCUGAGGACCAUCGCCUGGAGAGUCCCACCACACCGCUGCUGGAUGACACCGACAGCUUCGACAGCCCCAUCUUCAUGUACGCACCCGAGUUCAAGUUCAUGCCACCACCCACCUAUACGGAGGUGGAUCCCUGCAUCGCCAACAACAAUGUGCAGUGAGGUGAGAGUGACUCUUCCUGCUUUUUCCGGACUGCCGCUGGCCGCCACGCGGUCCCAGGGCCCUGCCCCGGGCAGUGGGCAUGGAGGAGGUGCUGCAGCGUCCUUCCGAGCCUGGGUGUUCCCUCGGGACCUCG